CUGAUCGCAAUGGCCCCGUCUAAUGCCCUAUCCAUCGUACAGUCGGAAAUAUCAUUGCUAUCGACCGCGUUAAAAUGCAACGCCCGAAUCUCCUUUCGUGGCUACCAGGAGGAGAUGAAAAGUCCUGUGUACAAAAACUUUGUACAGUUGCGGUCUAUUUUAAAUUCAGUGUCAAGUUUGAAUGAGGUAGAGCCAUUGGUAUACCUGACUCCGUUCCUGGAAGUUAUACGUGCGGAGGAUGUGACGGGACCGAUCACGGGAUUGGCACUGACGGCAGUUGAUAAGUUUUUGUCCUACGGACUGCUGGAAGUACCGAGCACGGACAGUGCGGAGUGGUUCGCUACUCAUGGCCCUCGUUCGUUUCGGUCUGUGUCUAUGGCCGUAGAGGCUAUUGCCGAUUUCGGGACACAGGCUCGUUUUGUUGGCACGGACCGAAGCUCCGACGAGGUCGUUCUCAUGAAGGUUCUUCAUCUCCUGCGAACCCUCCUGCUGGUUCCCGCUGGCGCUUUCGUAUCCGAUCGUGCGGUGCGGGAAAUUCUUCAAAGUUGUUUUCGCAUAUGCUUUGAAUCCAAACUGUCUGAACUGUUACGGCGCACAGCCGAGCUGUGUUUGGCUUCCAUUGUCCAACUGUUCUUCAGCCGUCUGCCUUCAAUCCUCUGGUCGUCCCAGAAGCAAUGGGUGGUGACAACCAAUGAGCAUUCGGAACCAUCCCAGGUAGCUGACCACGCAGUCGUUCCAACUCAUCAGAAUGUUGAUACAGUGCCGGACAAGUCAUCUGAGAGUCUGGACGUUCCUCCCAAGUGCGAUCAAACAAACACAUCAAACACAUCCGACAUCGGGGUUGCCACAGCCAACGAACCUGUGAACCCAUCCGUAGAAGAGCAAAAUACACUGGAAGUACACACUGAGGAGGCAACACAAGAGACAUGUGAAGCCAUUGCACAAAACGAUAUGGAGGGUUCAAGGAAAACGGAAACCACCUUGCCCCCCGCAAAUCAAACAGAAGUGGGGAAUCCAACACCACAACCCUAUGGUCUACCAGCCGUGUAUGAUCUUCUUCACUACCUCAUCAGUCUGCUCUCACCGGAUCACAAUUCUGACGCGAUAAUUUCCGUCGCCCUCGGACUUAUCGCUAUUGCCUUGGAAACCGGGGCGGACGCGAUCGCCAGUUCCCCAAGUCUGUUACGACUGGUUCAAGGAGAUCUGACGAAAAAUUUGCUUUUGUUGCUGUACUCGGAUCGUGUCUGGCUAUUUGCUGCCACGUUACGUGUCUGCUUUAUGCUGUUCGAAUCAAUGAGAAAACAUUUGAAGCUGCAACUGGAGGUCUACCUUCAGCGUCUCAUUGCAAUCAGUUCACCGGACAACGAAUCAACUGGUUAUGAACGUCGUGAGGUCGCUCUGGAUUCCGUGGUCCGCAUCUUUCUCGUCCCCGGUAUGGCAACAGAACUCUAUGUUAACUACGACUGUGACCCGUAUUGCUCAAAUCUUUUCGAGGACAUCACCAAAAUGCUGGCGAAGAAUGCCUAUCCCGUCGAACGCCUGAUGAGCACGCACUUCCUCGCAUUAGACGCCCUUCUGGCCGUGUUGAGCACAAUAGGAACCAACUGUACCAGUCCGGACAGCGGACGGCGGGCGUGCAGCCCUCAGCUGGGCGAAUCGGAAAAUUUGGAGCCUGCAAAGCCCUCAUUCGAACAGGAAUCAGCGUCUUUUCGUGAUCAUCCUGCUGGCGGGGUCAAAGUUCGUCUCAAUCGUCACCCUACUGAUCCCUCACUCCUUCCCUCGCGUGAGAAACUGAAUGCCGCCAAGGCCACGAAGAAAAUCCUGAUCCUGGGUUCCGACCAGUUCAACAUUUCACCCAAGGCUGGCAUAGCGUUUCUACAAAAGAAUGGUCUACUACGAACGCCGCUCGAUCCGGACGAGUUGGCCCAUUUUCUGCGUGAAAAUCCCAGGCUUGACAAGCGGAUGAUUGGGGAAUAUUUGAGCGACCGAAAAAAUAGCGAUGUUCUUGCUGCUUAUGUGAGACAGUUCAAUUUUGCCGGCGUCCAAAUCGACGAGGCGUUGCGUGCCUACCUGGAAGCGUUCCGGUUGCCCGGGGAGGCUCCACUUAUUCAGCGGCUGGUGGAGCACUUCGCCGAGCACUGGUUCGUCGCAAACAAUGCCCCGUUUGUCGACGUCGACUCUGCUUUCACCCUUGCUUACGCCAUACUCAUGCUGAAUACCGACCAACACAACCCCAACUCCAAGAAACAAAAUGUUCCGAUGACUCUGACAGACUUUAAGAAAAACCUGAGUGGUAUGAAUGGAACGGGUGACUUUGCUCCGAAGCUGUUGGAAGAAAUCUUCACAAAUAUUCAAAAGAAUGAAAUUGUCAUGCCUAGUGAACAACUGGGCUUGGUUCGCGAAAACUACCUUUGGAAGUGCCUACUCAGACGUGCCGCCACUUCCCAGGCCAACUUCGUGCAUGUUCAAACUGGCACGCUGGAUGCCGAUUUGUUCGACUUGAUUUGGGGCCCGACAGUGUCUGCGCUCUCAUUCAUUUUUGACAAGACAAUCGAUCCGGCCGUUCAGAACAAAGUGGUACACGGAUUCAUUCGAUGCGCCGCUAUAGCUGCGCAUCAUGGAAUGAGUGAUGUGCUGGAUAACCUGCCUCCUACCGGAUUGCCUGUUUAUAUCGGUCGGAAUGCCAAAGGUCGUUUGGCUUUACGCUUGGUAUUCGCGCUCACAUCCAGCCACGCUGACAUACUCCGCUACGGUUGGCAUUCCCUUCUGGACUGCUUACUCCAACUCUUUCGUGCUGGUCUCCUACCCGACGAACUGACUGAAUCGGAAGAUUUCCUCGCUCCGUCUCGCCGGGUCCGUCUAACCACCAAAGGUUGCAUUCCCAUACCGGACGUGAAAACCGGAAAGCUUGGUCGAAAUGCUACGGGAACAGAGCAAUCUGGUCGCGAAUUGAGCGUGCUUACUUCCUUCUAUCAAUACCUGACUUCGGGAUCUGGAUGGAUCGGUUCGGAUCGUGAAGAUGAACCGGAUGAACCGGCACAGACUACACAGCAGAAAGCACACUCCGAGAGUUCCUGUGUCGAUGUAAAACACGUAUCAAACACAGAUUUCCUUAUGGACGAUCAGCUGGGUUUUGGCUAUUGGAUGGAUGCACCGGCAAGCGCUCAGCUCGACGAACAUCGUGCAGCUCGUGUGGCUUUGGACACUGUACGACAGUGUGAAAUAGUACAACUUGUCAAGGACAGCAAGUUUCUUGUUGAUGCUUCUUUGGCCGAACUCAUCAAGGCCUUACUUCGCGCCAUACGUGGUGAUGACUGUGCAGUCGUACAUGCUUCCAAUUCCAAUUUGUUCUUCGAACCAACCGCCAGUACGCACUGCGAUGGUGAACCGGGCAUUUCUCACGCUCAUUCAAUAUCCACCCUUUCCAAGCCGGCCGAUGCGAAUUCGCAAUCGGUCCCCGGCGGGACGGAAGAUGCCAUCAUUGUCCCUAGCCCACCUCCAGUGGAGCACUCGCUCAGACGCAGUAUGACUUUGCCCAGUAGCACUUCCUACUACCCGGCCUUUUGUGCCACUGGUGACACACCCUCAGAAGAUUGUAGAAUAUUUUGUCUCGAAUUGCUCAUUCGAAUUUUGUUGUACAACCGAGAUCGUGUCUCCAACCUGUGGCCGUUCACCCAGUGCUAUUUGGCCGACGUGUUGCUCACCGCCGCAGAGCCCAGUCCACUUACCGAGCGUGUGAUUGUCGGUUUUCUGCGUCUAGCCAUAUGUCUGCUACGUAGACACGAAAUGACAUGUCAGAUAUUUGCCUGUCUACAUUACAUCUUACUCACUCGAGGUGAUCAUCUCCUGCUCGACUGUUAUCAGGCAGUCGCUGGCACAGCCACUGCAGUCGAUCGUUCCAAGCCGGUUGCCGGUCAGUACCGGAACCAGAGCAAAAAUACGGUUGGUUUGCAGAUAAUCGCCGGCUUGACACACUUGUUACGUAAUCAUGCCACAGAUUUGCCGGACCCCGCCUCGGACUGGCAACUCAUAUUCAGUCUGAUAGAUGUUUGUGGCGCGGGUCUUCGCGCCGCACCACUUGCGUCUCAUCGCCACAACAGUUCGCGUCAGACACACUACUCUAGCAUGCACGACAUCGCUUCGGCUCGCGUGCCCCUUUCCAGUCCACAUGUUUCCCGAGGCUACACGAGUGACAGCGAAGCAACCGACUAUUGUACUUCCUUCCCUUCCGACUCGGUGCCCGCCGCUCAACCGACUGGCGAAGAGAAACAGACUGAAAAACGUGCUGUGAGUCUAAGCUCCUCGACAGUGCCUCAGUCCAAGCGGCGGUUUGAUAAUGCGGCAGCGGCGUGGGUUAUAGUCGAUGUCGAACCCAGACAAUCGGUCGAGCUGUCUACUGCAGAGCCCGCUGGAGUUCGAAUGAUGCACGACGCUUCUGUUCACUCCCCCACUGCUCUCCCGCAUUCGGUGAAGACGCACCACUUGGUUCCAUCUCAUCUCCUUGGUCUACAUAUUACCAUUGGCUCUCGAGAUCCGGUUACCAUGAAACAAGCUGCUGAUUGUUUGGACUUCCUAAUUCGCGAUCCGACUUUCAUUACUCCGGAUAACUUUGAGUACUGUGUUCGAACAUUACGUGUCUUUGUGGAAGCAUGUCUGCGCCGAAGUUCCAGCUUGACUUUGGAACGCGCCUCUCCCGUUAUCGCGCCCAACCACACCCCAAAACGUCCCAAUAGAUCUGGCUUCGGUAGGAAAACUACAGGAUUCAUGGCUGGGCUCCGCUCGACCGGAUCAGAAUCUGGCUCGGACAGUGAUGAGGAUGGCAAAGAACGGCGAAACAGAAAUGCAGAAUUGGCUAAGGAAGUGUUUCUCAGUCCCACGACGGGCGUGAUCGCCAUUCAGCUUUUGGACUUGAUCCACUUGCUGCUCACCCGUGUGUCCUCCAUCUACACGGAAUGGACCCGCUCUCCUCUUCCGGAAACCAUGGGAACAGAAGACGCACCAAAAACCGCCGAAGCGUGUGAUGAGCAACAGCCGGAGGUGGAUACAGAAUUCCUUUGGUCUAACUGUUGGCGUCCACUCUUACAAGCCAUUGGCCGCCUCUGUUGUGAUUGCCGUAAAGACGUGCGGACCGAUGCGCUGGCCUAUCUCCAGCGCGCAAUUCUGUCGCCAAUUCUCCAGUCACUAUCCGGCAAACAGUGGGAGGAUUGCUUCGAUAAGGUUAUAUUCCCACUGUUGUCUGGAUUCUUGGAAAGCAUCGCCCUGGACGAAGCGGUAGCCGCCCAAGCAGACAGUUCAAACACGACUGGACGCAACUCAGCCAGAAGCUCUUCUUCGGUUCACUUCAACACUGUUGAGUUUGUCGAUCCUCGAAUGCGUGCCAUUCCCCUCUUGACGAAGGUGUUUCUUCAACACCUCCGACCACUUCAUGACUUGGCUAAUUUUCAUUCCCUUUGGUCCCGCAUACUCAGCUACAUGGAACAGUACAUGCAGGCCAGCAGCUCCGAUUCACUGACUGACGCGGUAAGGGAAUCGUUGAAGAACGUCUUGCUUGUCAUGUACACUGGCACGUAUGACACACCCCCGAUCUUGUUCCGUGACACAAACCAAGGCUCUCAAGCAACACUGUGGAAUUUGACAGAAAAACAUCUGUCAUCGUUUCUUCCCUCCCUACUCGACCAAUUGUUUCCUCCACCGGCACCAUCCCCACCUGAAACAUCGAAAACUGAUCCCGCAGUCUGCGUUACCUUUCCCGAUGGCAAUGCAGCCGCGACGAGCCCUCUAUCGGACGUCGUGGAGUCGCCACAUUCACCAGAGUCUGCUGGGCGUGACGAACCGGUCUCAGUCCCUCCCAGCGCCAUUCCCACUCCAUCACAUCCCAUAGGCCGAUAUCCCAUGGAUUCUCCUGGGACGAGAUUGCUCAAGUGGUUAGAGCGCGAAUUUACUGACCGGAAGGUCUGUGGUUCGAACCGGACCUCUGCCUCUCGAAUUCCUUUGUCUAGGCUUGGGCAACCUGGCAAUAUUCCAGCCCUCGUGCUUCCUCCGGUUGGCAUGGCAGCUAAGCACGGGGAGGGUGCUACAACUGAGCGUUUUUUUUCAGUCUUGUACUCUCUUAUGAUGUGCCACAGGUCCAUUAUUUCUGUGCUGAAGGUGGUCAGGCUUCCAGAUGCAAAUUCCGCAGCUGAUACACAAUCCCUUAGUUGCUGCUAG